AUGGCAAAUUUUGAUUGUGCUGGAUGCCCUAACGCACUAGAUAACACCAUGUCAUUGCAAUGUCGCCGAUGCAAUGAUAAAUAUCAUGUUGCGUGCACGCGAAUUACAAUGCAAGACUUUAGUGUGAUGAGCUCGGAAAUGAAAAGUUCAUGGAUAUGUGACGUAUGCAGAUGUAAACAACCGAGAGGAGAUCACUCCAACACACCAGUUCGUAACUCACCAAUGGAAAUGGACUUCGUAACUCAGCGUGUAAAAAGUCGUUCUACUUGCUCCUGUUUAUCGGCUAACAAUGUAAGAGAAAUAAUCAGAGAGGAAUUACGCAAUAUUUUCAGUAAUGAUUUACACCCUAAAAUUCAGGAAAUAAAACAUACUCUUGCCUCAUUUGAAACCUCCUUGUCGUCAUUAAGCCAGGAUAUAGAUAAAGUUAAAACUGAACAUGCAAAUCAAUCAGCACAAAUGCAACAGAUUAUCAAGGAGAACGAAACUCUGCAAGCAGCUAACCAGACUAUCAUAACUCGUCUUACACAACUUGAACAGCAGACACGC